CAACAACCCAUCAAACGUGUAAAAUGAUCAACAUCGCUGAUUUCCAUAGAGCCCAAGCACAGAUAUUCGAAUGGCCGAUGUAACAGAGCUCAAAUCUUGGCCAGCAUGCCUCCAGGCAAUUGAUUGGUCUCCAGACGGCAUCAUCGCACUAGCGUCCGACGAGCAGGUAGAACUGCUGUUCCCCAGCACUGAGCCGCUCGAUUCAGACCGCAACAUCUCCCAAUGGCGCCAUUUCCCGCUGCAGAUCCCGUGGUUCACGGUGGAGGAGUUGCCAGUGAAGACGCCAGCGCCGCAAUCGAUAUACUCGAUCGGCGAAGAGAUAUCGUCGAGCUUCACCUUCGGACUCGCAUGGUCGCCACCCGGUCUUGCGAAACAUCGGCGGAGCGCGUUGGCUGCUCUGACGGCGAAUCUUGUGCUCUCACUCUGGGCUUCGGAUGGCAAGCCGCAAGAGGAAGGGAGCUGGGGGAGGAGAUUGAUCAUCAACGACAGUAUUGAAGAGUAUGUCGCCAAUUCUGCCACUGGCAAUGAUGGGACCAAUUCUCUUGUCACGGAGCCCGCUGAAAGACUGCGGUUACGGAGCCGCGUCAGGACGUUUGCCUGGGCGCCUUUGAUACCCUCGGGGAGCACGAUUGGUACACAUGAGCGCUGGGGCCUGCACUUGAUAAGUGUUGCGACAGAUGAUAAUCAGGUACUUCUGAUGUCUAUUAACUCGCCAGCUACAACUCUAGGUCUUGAUACUGCCUGGUCUGCAGAUGUUAUGUGUAGUUUCUCGGUUGCGCCAGGGACAACACAUAAAGCCAACGGCGACCUGUCUACGUUCGAAGAUCUCAUUGAUGAGCAGCGAUACGCUCCUCACCUAGCAUGGAGCCCGUGGAUUCAGACAGGCAGGACAAGCCAAUCGAUCUUCGCGUAUGCAACGAAUUGGGAUGUAAGAGUGAGGAUUGUCACGUACCUCGACGGGGACUUGAUAUUGGGAGAAGAGAUUGUGUUUCCAGACAUUGAGACGAAGUAUGCAGGCUUAUUGAAAUGGACGCCCUGGAAGGACAACAACAAGACACUAUCUCUCGCCUGCUUCACCACCACCGAAGUAGUGUGCUUGUCAUUCUCGGUGGUCGACGGCGCCUUCGUCAGUCGCUCUUCGUUCAAACGUGACGGACAAUGGGACACUCUAUCUGGUGCUGUAUGGGACGUCUUCAGCCACGACAACCCUCGACUUCACUUUGCUACCCAAACCAUGACUCUACGUAGCCCUGUUUCAGUACUGGAACUUUCACCAGACGGACUCAAGCCGUUGGAUGAAGACAGCGAGCCACAUUGGCGGAAACGACUCGCCAGCAGCGUGUCACAACACAGCACGAGGUUCGACUUGAAGGGCAAUUCUGUGGCCAAAGUCGCCGGCCUAUGUAUCUCACCGCUGGGAGACUCCAUAGCCUCAUGUCAUACCGUCCACCCUACAGACAUGAUCGAAUAUGGCACCCCUCACGACCGCCGCACCACAAUUACGAUCAGCCAAUUUGGAGACAAAAACGCACCGCUGACAUUCCAAAAGCAACCUGCCAGCGCAGAAGCAAUCCUCUACACCGUCAGGAGAUGGAUAGAACAAAACCUAAAAUCGCACACUCUGCUCCCGAAAACCAAAGACGAGAUCCUCGAAAAGCUCCUCAAAGUCUACCACGCUCCCCUCCUCACCACCACCACCCCCUCAGAACCCACCACAGACAAAGACAUCUCCACCCUCAAACGCACUCUCAUGAUCACCCCCCCAACCAUCCACGACCGCCUCGAAAUCCUCACAACCACCAUCCUCACCCCCUCCCCUUCCCCCUCAAACCCCACCCUCCUCCCCCGCGCAACAAUCGCCUACCGCCUCGCCCUCGCCCUGCACUCCCCCUCACCCCCCUCAUCCUCAGCAUCCCCCCUCACCACCACCCUCCUCGCCAGCACAAAAGCAGCCCUACACCUCCUCACCACCGCCACCGCCUCCCCAACCUUCAGCGAAACAUGCACGUUCUGCGCCUCGAAGAUUCCCUUCGACGACCUCGCGACCGCGACGUGCGAGGCGAGACAUGCGUUUCAGAGGUGCGGGGUGUCGUUUUUGAGUAUCCAGGCGCCGGGGGCGGCAAAGUACUGUUGGGAUUGGGGGGGAUGGGAGGAAGGGGAAUGGGGGACGUACGCCGCUGGAGCCGGAGGGGUCGAGGACGUCGGCCCAGGCUUUCAUGCUGGAGGGGGUUUUGUUAGUUUUGUGAGUUAG